AAACGUUCGUCGAAUGUUCGGUAAACUCAUCAAUAAAACAAGCUGCAGGAUAUCAAUCAACCAUUUCUUUUUAUUUAGCUAUCGAGUGUGUAUGUGUGUGUGCGUGUGUGUUUUAGCAUCAACGUCUUUGUCCGUCUAUCCAUUUUCUCCGUCCGUCCAUCAGUAUUUGGGGGAGUGGUCAUGGAGUGAACGUUCUCUUUCUCAGGGGUUAUUUUUAUGUGUGUGUGUGUUUAUAAUUAUUGACGGUCUUGGUUAUAAACACUCUGAAGAAAAACCGGUGAAUCAUGGCGGACGAAGGACUGGCAGGGACAGUCAUCGGCAUUGCCAGGUCCGGCAUCAAGCUGGCCGUGAAGCUUCACAGCUUUUCCGAGACGGUCACGACCGCUCGGAUAGAGAUCAAAGACCUAGCCAACAAUGUGUCUUUGACGGCUUCGGUCUUGCACGAACUCGGGGUCAACCUCGAUCAGGAGGACGAUGAUGACGACGACGACGACGAGGAGGAGGAGGAGGAGGAGGAUGGCCGCGGCCGUAUCUAUUCGAGCUCGGCCACGGCCACAACGCGCGAGGUCACUCGGGAGUGCGAGGGCGUUUUUCGAGAGAUUGACACCAUCAUCGGGAAAGCCAUGCAGAGUGCCCGGGAACGAGGCGUGAAGAACGGUAAAGUGCCCGCCUUGUCGCCGCUCGAACGAUUAAAGUAUCCUUUUCUCCUCCCAAAAGUCGACCUCCUCGCCGCGAACCUCGAGCGACUAAGAAGCACACUGGUCCUGAUGUUGAGCGUGUUGAGCUAUGCUCGAGACAUGAAAGCCGGGGAUGUCAAAGAACCACAGGACGAUCAUUAUCGGAAACUACUGCUGGAGAAUCUGGUCACAGCCAACAAGGACGCCACGCGUAGGUACGAAGCGAUGAUCAAGGACCUGGGCGGAGAGACCGAGGCGUUUCAACAAGGCGACAGCAACAACAAAGACAACAGCCCUUCUCACGAGUCACGCCCGGAUCCCCACGGCAGUGCCAGUGCCAGCCUUUCGCUCUCCAUGAUCAAACCCCCCGACUCGGACAAUUCGUACGCCGACUCCAGCCCCCGUGCGAGGGCGGCGUCUACGAUACAGGCCUGUCUCGACCGCGUCGAAAACGCCCUGGUCAAAGUCGAGCAGUCGUCGUCCGUGCUUCACCACUCUUCCGGUAUUGUCGUAAGGGUUGAACUAGACAGGGACGCCCGCACGCAGCAGCAGCAAAGCCACCAGCCUCAGAAACCACGCAUAUCAGUCUCGGUGCUUCAAAAACAAACUCGUCGACGUCAGGAUUCAUUGCAGUCGCGGACCAACAGUACGAGGCGGAGUACAAACGGUCUCAGCCGGAGUAAUACGUGGUAUUCAAAAGUUUGGAACUCGAUGCCUAGUCCUUACUCUGCCGUGAGUUCGAUUCAACAGACACUUGACAAUACUGGUCUUUUCCUCGCCACGGAACAAAUCACCGAGGACGCCAACAAUGUACUCACCUACAACCAAGCUUCAAACGGAGGAGGAUACUACCAACCAUACUCGAAUGGCGACGAUAGUCCCGACGACUCGGACUCGGGACCGACGCUGGCCGAGGCUUUUAGGGCAGCAUUACCAGAUGCAUUGGUUUCGGGUCGCCGACCUGAUCCUGCGUCGAGAGUUGGGGAUAUCGAAAUGAACCCCGUCGGUAUUACUGGUCACGCGCAAGGCGGCGACGCGUCAAGACCGUUGAUGUCCGCUGACGCCAUAGAGCACACACCUCGAUUGGGACCCUUGCCGGAGGUUCGCGUGGAAUUGGACACGCCGUCGAAUGCAUCGAUUUCCCGCCCUGCCCCUGCCGCUCUGAUCGAAGGGUCUGGCGAGACCUCUACCGGCAACGGCAAUGGAAGCGGUAGCGGCACCGCCUACGAGUCUCGUGGAAACCCAGCCGCGGGAGGAGAAGGAUGGUCUCCCGAACAGGACGCUCGCAUGAAAGACAUCCUCUCGGCCAGUGUGCAAGCUGCCAUCGCUCAGGGUGAGAGUGAGGGUGCGACGAUUGGACCACCACGACAGACCGCCGCGUCGUCGUCCCCGUCUUCAUCAGAUCCGAAUAAUAACAAGGCCACCACUCAAACAAAUGGUGGUGGUGCUGAGAAAGUAGCAGAGACCAUCGAGGAGGACGAGGACGCCAUGGAAACCGUGGAUCUGAGUGAUACCAAUAACAAAGGAAAGGGCAAGGGCAAGGCUAAAGCAGAAGAGCCCCAGUCGUCGGUCACCGGACUAGGAGUACUCAUGGGGACGGCUGACGGUGCAGACGCCGUUGACCAAUUGCUAGGUGAAUGGACGACGUUGCGGCGUCAGCAGUAAUGCAGCAGCUGCUGCUGCUGGGGUGGUAGUGCCGAUGUCAAGGGAUGGUCCGUCCUAUGGGAAAGGUUCUUCUUUCUUCUUUUGAAAGGAAUAUCGAGGUGUGGGCAUGUAUGCUUAUCAGGAUCCGUUUGAUGAAAAUAGGUAAAUAAGUCGAAGAGUAGGAACUGGACAAGGAAACAGGCUUCGCGAGUUAUCAACAACCAUGUAAUUGUUUGCCUCAGGAUUUC